AAAAAUGAUGGCGCAUUUUGCCUCCGCAGUUAAACGACGUCGUAGAAGGUGUACAUACGCAGAUUUCUGUACACUCAUCGUCGUUGUUCUUCGGUUUCUCCCUUGGUAACGUGAUCAGGGUUUUGGAUUUCCCCUGUAACAUCCCAUUUCUCUUCUCCAGGCGCCAUGGAUUCUCUUGGUAAGCUGCAGCACUGCCACCAGUCCCUUCACCUUCUUGUCAACGGUGUCCCCUGGAUUUCAAAACCAAUUUCUUAUCUUAGCAUCAGAACUCCACUGCCGGUACCGUCGUCGUCGUCGUACAGAUCGUCAUCUGUUAGAGCCUUGAAGCGAUCACCGUCGUUACCCUUCGACUCGUUUUGUCAAGCUCCACGACGGCGUGGGCCUUCACUCCCCCAAAUUCUAGACCCCAUUUCCUCGUCGAUCCUCAAAACCACCUGCGUCACUUUUGCCGCCGCCGCCGCCGCCGCCUUGUUUUUUAUGCGGUUUUGCGGCAAACCUGCUGUUGCAGCCCCAAUUCCUCCGCCUACGGUGGAAUCUGUGAAGGAAUCAACGGAUGGUGAAGAAGAUAAAGAGAGGGCACUUGAAGAACAACUGGUACACAAUCCCAAUGACGUUGAAGCUCUUGGAUCGCUCAUGGAGGUGAGAGUUAAGUCUCGCAAGUUUCCUGAAGCGAUUAAAAUAUUAGACCGUUUAAUUGAACUUGAGCCCGAUGACUUAGAAUGGCUAGUAUUGAAGGCCAACGUUUAUAUUCAUAUUGGCGAUUCUGAAUUGGCGAGAAAGGAAUUUGAGAGGAUUUUAUUGAAGGAUCCUUUUCAGGCUGAGGCCUAUCAUGGGCUUGUAAUGUUGACGGAGACAUCAGAUACUGAUUCAUUGAAGGCGAUUCUGAAUAGGGUUGAAGGGGCAUUAGAACAUUGCAAGAAACUUAAAGGGAAAUCGGAGGAAAGGGACUUUAAGCUCUUGAUAGCUCAAAUUAAAGUUAUGGAGGGUAGUUACUCUGAAGCACUGAAAGAUUACCAAGAACUAGAGAGGGAGGAGCCGAGGGAUUUUAGGCCACAUUUGUGUCAGGGAAUUCUUUAUACUCUGCUUAAGAAGAAUGAUGAGGCUGAGAAACAAUUUGAGAUAUUUCGAAGGCUUGUUCCGAAGAACCAUCCCUACAAAGAAUAUUUUGAUGAAAACAUGUUUUCAACCAAGCAUUUCGUACAACAAAUUGAGAGGGAUGCAUCGACUUCAAAUCACUGACUGUCUUUUUUCAUAUCUUCAGAGCUUUCUGGUUCUACAAUGAUGGUUUUGUUGCUUAGUUGCAAUCUAGCUCCACUUUUACUCAUAUUUGGUUGAAAUUAAGGGAUGAGGUUUGAUCCUUUUCGGUAGAGAGAAGGAAACCAGAAACAAAAUUAUUUCCUACAAUUUGGCUGACAAAACCCCCCUGUUUUGGACUGAGUUAGAGCAUUUCUGGCUUGUUCAAAAGCAACAUUUGGUUACUUUCUUUCUUUCCCUCUCUCUCUCUCUCUCAAGGGAGAAACAGGAACUUUGAAUUUUUCUCCUAAAUCUUAAGUAGUGAACAUUUGAAUUUACUUUAGCACUGUAUCUCCUUCUAUUAGGGUGACUGGUGAAGAUUGUACAUUGCUUUUCUCCUUUCUCUUGAAUCUCUAGAUCUUGUUUAUAAAAUGGUGAAGAUUGUACGGACGGUCAAGAAAGUUAGUGACCUGAUGACAGGGGAGCUAGCGAUCAAAGUCCCAGUGAAU